GCUGCGCCACCAUCGGCGCAGGGUCAGUCAUGUGAGUGAAGAAGCUGCCCGGACACUCAGCCCCAGCCGCAGCCACGUGGAAGAGAACCCCGCUGGACCCAGCCGUCCUGCAGAACCACAAAGACACGCAUGAGCAGCCCAGCCUGCUGACCGCCGCUCCCCGCCUGUCCAUCCUGCCACGGCCACACCAUGUCCGGGUCCUACGACGAGGCCUCCCUAGCUCCGGAGGAGACCACCGACAGCUUUUGGGAGGUGGGGAACUACAAGCGGACAGUGAAGCGCAUCGACGACGGGCACCGCCUGUGCAACGACCUGAUGAACUGCGUGCAGGAGCGCGCCAAGAUCGAGAAGGCCUACGCGCAGCAGCUCACCGACUGGGCCAAGCGCUGGCGCCAGCUCAUCGAGAAAGGCCCACAGUAUGGCAGCCUGGAGCGGGCCUGGGGUGCCAUCAUGACGGAGGCGGACAAGGUGAGCGAGCUGCACCAGGAGGUGAAGAACAACCUGCUGAACGAGGACCUGGAGAAGGUCAAGAACUGGCAGAAGGAUGCCUAUCACAAGCAGAUCAUGGGCGGCUUCAAGGAGACCAAGGAGGCUGAAGACGGCUUCCGCAAGGCCCAGAAGCCCUGGGCCAAGAAGAUGAAGGAGCUGGAGGCCGCCAAGAAGGCCUACCAUCUGGCCUGCAAAGAGGAGAAGCUGGCCGUGACCCGGGAGAUGAACAGCAAGACGGAGCAGUCGGUCACACCCGAGCAGCAGAAGAAGCUGCAGGACAAAGUGGACAAGUGCAAGCAGGAUGUGCAGAAGACGCAGGAGAAGUAUGAGAAGGUGCUGGACGAAGUGGGCAAGACCACCCCGCAGUACAUGGAGGGCAUGGAGCAGGUGUUCGAACAGUGCCAGCAGUUCGAGGAGAAGCGGCUGGUCUUCCUCAAGGAGGUGCUGCUGGACAUCAAACGGCACCUCAACCUGGCCGAGAGCAGCAGCUAUGUCCAUGUGUACCGGGAGCUGGAGCAGGUCAUCCGGGGGGCCGACGCCCAGGAGGACCUCAGAUGGUUCCGCAGCACCAGCGGCCCCGGCAUGCCCAUGAAUUGGCCCCAGUUUGAGGAGUGGAACCCAGACCUCCCUCACACCGCCGCCAAGAAGGAGAAACAGCCUAAGAAGGCAGAGGGGGCAGCGCUGACCAAUGCCACUGGGGUGCUGGAGUCCACAUCCCAGGCUGGCGACCGUGGCAGCGUGAGCAGCUAUGACAGGGGCCAGCCGUACGUCACCGAGUGGUCAGACGAUGAGAGCGGGAACACAUUUGGGGGCAGUGAGGCCAAUGGGGGCGCCAACCCUUUCGAGGACGACGCCAAGGGGGUGCGUGUGCGGGCACUCUACGACUACGACGGCCAGGAGCAGGACGAGCUCAGCUUCAAGGCUGGCGAUGAGCUCACCAAGCUGGGCGAGGAGGACGAGCAGGGCUGGUGCCGCGGGCGGCUGGACAGCGGGCAGUUUGGCCUCUAUCCCGCCAACUACGUGGAGGCCAUCUAGCUGCCCUGCUCCCUCCACACAGCCCCCACUCCUGCCCACCUCCCCUUCCUUCCCACCUUGUCACCUCCCCUUGCCAUAGAGUUCCAGACAUAUUUUACGAUCAAGCUUUUAUUUUUUUAAAAGUCAAAACUGAACAAAACAAAAAAUACGAAGAGAUGGAGCAUCUGCUGGACCGCCAGGAGGCCCGGCUGGUGGGACUGGGGGGACGGCCCCUGGGCAGGUGAGGGUCUCCGGGCUUAGCCAGCAGAGACAUCACAAAGUCCACGCUUUCGGUCCCACCAGAGUCUCCUGAGCUCAGAGAUGCCUCCUGGACCCUCCCGUCAGGAGUCACUGCCCCACCCCAGGCUGCCAGUCCCUGUCCCGCUGCUUCCCUGGGCGGGUUCCGACCUCCCCCUCCGGCCCCUCCCUCCUCC